AUGGAAAGAUGCCCAGGCACUGAUCCUUCGGAUACCACAGCCACCAAGCCCCGACCUCCAAACACACAUGAUUCUGGCGGCUUUGUUCCAUUUCCUGGGGCUGCUUGGUUCAAGACAAAGCCAAACAGCCCAAUUAUCGAUGCCAUGGGCAAGCGGCUGGUAGAGGAAGGAUGUAAGGCGUAUAAGGUUGGACCUGGUCCCCAGUGGACGGGGGCUGAUCAGGACUCGUACAAGUUGUGGCAGCAGAAGCUUCGGUUUAAAGGUGCCAACGCAGAUGGGUGGCCAGGACAGGUUUCUUGGGAUAAACUCAAGGUUCCAAAUUAG